GCUGAUCGGUUGAUCCGGCGUGCCAGUCUACAGCCAAGCUGGCAGCGAAUAGUAGCUGCUAGUCGAAUCGUUCGACAUCGGGCCCUGCUCGUAGGGCUGUACGGUCAGGGCCACCGUCACAAUGGGGACCCGAAUAAAAUGGUUGAUCACUACCUCGUUGAUAGUCUGGUAUGGACAGCAUGCGUAUGCGCAACUAUGGCCCAGAGGUGAUGGAAUAUUCAAGCGGCAGGAGCCGGACUAUCCUCGAAACACACAGCUCGAUCCUAGCUACAACAUCAUUGACACAGCCAGCGGCCCACAGGGACCACCGUCCAAGAACUGCACCUCGGGCGGCUGCUGUUUACCGAAAUGUUUUGCCGAAAAGGGUAAUCGCGGCUUUCCUGGGCCGCAGGGUUUGAAGGGCGUUAAAGGUGUUCGCGGUUUUCCCGGCUCGGAAGGUUUGCCGGGUGACAAAGGUACCAAGGGUGAGCCGGGCCCGGUAGGUUUGCAAGGCCCCAAGGGUGAUCGAGGCCGUGAUGGUCUGCCCGGUUAUCCCGGCAUUCCUGGCACGAAUGGUGUUCCCGGACUGUCGGGCGCGCCCGGUCUACCUGGCCGCGACGGUUGCAACGGAACGGACGGUUUGCCAGGGUUGUCCGGUUUGCCGGGAAAUCCGGGUCCCCGUGGUUAUCCCGGUAUCGCUGGGUCGAAGGGUGAAAAGGGUGAACCAGCACGUCACCCGGAGAACUACAACAAGGGACAGAAAGGUGAGCCCGGUAACGAUGGACUGGAGGGAUUGCCUGGCCCACAGGGUGUAGAAGGACCGCGUGGAUACCCAGGACGGCCCGGUGAAAAGGGUUUGCCCGGAAUACCAGGACUACGUGGAGAACGAGGCGAUAAGGGUGUUUGCAUUAAGGGCUUGAAAGGUCAGAAAGGUGCGAAGGGUGAGGAGGUGUAUGGAUCAACGGGUACGACAACGACAAUGGGCCCGGAGGGUGCUAAAGGUGAUCGCGGCGAACCGGGCGAACCUGGUCGGCCUGGAGAGAAGGGACAAGCCGGAGAUCGGGGACAGUUUGGCGAGCGGGGACACAAGGGCGAGAAAGGAUUGCCUGGACAACCGGGCCCGAGAGGGCGUGAUGGUAAUUUUGGACCAGUAGGCCUUCCCGGACAGAAGGGCGACCGAGGAUCGGAAGGAUUGCACGGACUGAAGGGUCAAAGUGGACCGAAGGGUGAACCUGGACGCGAUGGUACUCCUGGGCAGCCCGGUAUCUCGGGACCUCCGGGAGCACCCGGUGGUGGCGAAGGACGUCCCGGUGCACCGGGUCCGAAGGGACCACGUGGCUACGAAGGACCGCAAGGACCGAAAGGUAUGGAUGGAUUCGAUGGCGAAAAGGGCGAACGUGGCCAAAUGGGUCCCAAGGGUGGUCAGGGAGUGCCGGGCCGUCCAGGUCCAGAAGGUAUGCCCGGUGACAAAGGUGAUAAGGGAGAAGCCGGUUCGGUUGGACUGCCGGGUCCGCAAGGACCUCGUGGAUACCCCGGACAACCCGGUCCCGAGGGUCUGCGUGGUGAACCAGGUCAGCCGGGAUACGGCAUUCCCGGACCAAAGGGUAAUGCUGGUAUGGCUGGUUUCCCGGGCUUGAAAGGACAAAAAGGCGAGCGUGGCUUCAAGGGUGUGAUGGGAACACCGGGUGACGCAAAGGAAGGACGUCCGGGAGCUCCUGGACUGCCGGGACGCGAUGGCGAAAAAGGUGAACCGGGCCGUCCGGGUCUCAGCGGAGCGAAGGGUGAACGCGGUAUGAAGGGUGAAAUUGGUGGACGCUGCACAGACUGUCGGCCGGGCAUGAAGGGCGAUAAGGGUGAGCGAGGAUACGCUGGUGAACCGGGACGACCGGGAGCGAGUGGUGUUCCGGGCGAGCGCGGAUAUCCGGGUAUGCCAGGAGAGGACGGUACGCCAGGACUUCGCGGUGAACCCGGACCCAAGGGUGAACCGGGACUGUUGGGUCCUCCGGGACCGUCGGGAGAGCCAGGUCGUGAUGCAGAAAUUCCAAUGGAUCAACUGAAACCCAUCAAGGGAGACAAAGGCGAGCCGGGCGAGAAGGGUCUGGUGGGCGUCAAGGGCGAGAAGGGUUUCCCGGGACUGGUCGGACCAGAAGGAAAGAUGGGUCUGCGCGGUAUGAAGGGUGACAAGGGACGACAGGGCGAGGCUGGUCUCGACGGAGCUCCGGGCGCACCGGGUAAGGACGGACUGGGUGGACGUGACGGAAUAACGAUCAAGGGUGAACCGGGACUGAAGGGUAAUGUAGGCUACACGGGUGACAAGGGUGACAAGGGUUACUCCGGGGUGAAGGGUGAACCGGGCAAAUGUGCUAGCAUUCCACCAAACCUAGAGGAGGCUAUCCGUGGUCCACAGGGAUUGCAGGGCGAAAAGGGUGCUCCUGGCAUUCAGGGCAUACGGGGCGAUAAGGGCGAGAUGGGCGAACAGGGACGCACGGGAGCGCAAGGAAAUGCAGGACCACCUGGUGCUCCGGGACCGGUAGGACCACGCGGUUUGACAGGACACCGUGGCGAGAAGGGUAACUCGGGUCCGGUGGGUCCGCCUGGUGCUCCAGGACGUGACGGUAUGCCCGGUGCACCGGGACUGCCAGGAUCUAAGGGCGUUAAGGGUGAUCCGGGACUUUCGAUGGUGGGUCCGCCCGGCCCGAAAGGUAAUCCAGGAUUGCGGGGUCCGCAGGGCGAACGUGGAGGCAUGGGUGAUCGUGGCGAUCCGGGUUUGCCCGGUGCGCUUGGCUAUCCGGGUGAGAAGGGUGACUUGGGAACGCCGGGUCCUCCCGGCUAUCCGGGCGAUGUUGGACCGAAGGGUGAACCGGGUCCGAAGGGACCGGCAGGCCAUCCAGGAGCACCGGGCCGUCCCGGUGUGGACGGUGUGAAGGGUUUGCCUGGUUUGAAGGGUGACAUCGGUGCGCCAGGUGUGAUUGGACUACCGGGACAGAAGGGUGACAUGGGACAGGCGGGUAACGAUGGUCUCAAGGGUUUCCAGGGUCGCAAGGGUAUGAUGGGUGCACCGGGCAUUCAAGGUGUUCGUGGACCGCAAGGUGUGAAGGGCGAACCGGGAGAGAAGGGCGACCGAGGUGAGAUCGGCGUGAAGGGUUUGAUGGGACAGUCGGGACCACCCGGAAUGAUUGGGCUGAAGGGAGACAAGGGUCUGGCUGGAUUGCCUGGACCGGCCUGCUUGCCUGGACUUUCGGGAGAAAAGGGUGACAAAGGAUACUCCGGACCGGAAGGACCGCCAGGUGAACCGGGUGCAGCGUCUGAGAAGGGACAGAAAGGUGAACCGGGUGUACCGGGACUUCGUGGUAACGAUGGCAUUCCUGGGCUGGAAGGUCCGGUCGGACCCAAGGGUGAUGCCGGUGUGCCUGGCUAUGGCCGGCCUGGACCACAGGGCGAAAAGGGUGACGUCGGUUUGACGGGCAUAAACGGACUGCCGGGAUUGAAUGGCGUGAAAGGCGAUAUGGGCGUUCCAGGAUUCCCGGGCGUAAAGGGAGACAAGGGUACCACCGGUUUGCCUGGUGUUCCCGGUCCGCCUUGCGUGGAUGGACUACCAGGCGCUGCGGGUCCAGUUGGUCCGCGCGGUUACGACGGCGAGAAGGGCUUCAAGGGUGAACCAGGACGUAUUGGUGAACGGGGCCUCGUGGGAGAGAAGGGUGAUAUGGGCCUGACGGGACCGGUCGGUCUGUCUGGACGCAAGGGUGAUCGCGGUGUACCUGGUUCUCCUGGUCUUCCCGCUACCGUUGCCGCCAUUAAGGGAGACAAGGGAGAACCUGGUUUCCCGGGCGCUAUUGGUCGCCCUGGUAAGGUUGGAGCACCGGGUCUUCCUGGAGAUACGGGUGCUAAGGGUGAAAUGGGCAUUCAGGGACUACCAGGCCUACCGGGUCCGGCAGGAUUGAACGGACUACCGGGCAUGAAGGGUGAUAUGGGACCGAUGGGCGAGAAAGGUGACACCUGUCCCGUGGUAAAGGGCGAAAAGGGUCUGCCGGGUCGGCCAGGAAAGACGGGCCGCGAUGGACCACCGGGACUGACGGGAGAGAAGGGAGAAAAGGGACUUGCAGGGCUAGAAGGACCUCCGGGACCUCCCGGACCACCCGGACCGCUUGGACGACAGGGCGAGAAGGGUGACCGUGGUGAUUCCGGUUUGAUGGGACGCCCCGGCAAUGAUGGACUGCCGGGACCACAAGGCCAGCGAGGUUUGCCGGGACCACAGGGCGAAAAGGGUGACCAGGGACCGCCCGGAUUUAUUGGACCGAAGGGUGACAAGGGUGAGCGGGGACGAGACGGACUGAACGGACUGAAUGGACCGCAAGGCUUGAAGGGUGACCGCGGUUUGCCCGGACUGGAAGGUGUCGCCGGUCUGCCAGGUAUGGUCGGUGAGAAGGGUGACCGUGGGCUACAGGGUAUGGCCGGCCUAAACGGUGCUCCAGGUGAGAAGGGACAGAAGGGUGAAACGCCACAGCUUCCACCCCAGCGCAAGGGACCACCCGGUCCGCCUGGAUUUAACGGACCGAAGGGUGACAAGGGUUUGCCGGGCUUGGCCGGACCGGCCGGUAUACCCGGCGCACCCGGUGCACCCGGUGAGAUGGGACUACGCGGAUUCGAAGGUGCACGCGGUUUGCAGGGUCUGCGGGGAGAUGUCGGUCCAGAAGGACGUCCCGGACGUGAUGGUUUUCCGGGCAUUCCGGGACCGAAGGGUGAACCGGGACGGGACUGUGAAUCGGCACCAUACUACACCGGCAUAUUGCUCGUACGGCACAGCCAGUCGGACGAGGUGCCCGUGUGCGAACCGGGCCAUUUGAAAUUAUGGGAUGGCUAUUCGCUACUGUACGUGGAUGGUAACGACUAUCCGCACAAUCAGGACCUCGGAUCGGCCGGGUCCUGUGUGCGCAAGUUCUCCACAUUACCGAUCCUCGCCUGCGGACAGAACAACGUCUGCAACUACGCAUCACGUAACGAUCGAACGUUCUGGCUGUCAACGUCCGCACCGAUCCCGAUGAUGCCAGUUACGGAGAACGAGAUGCGACCGUACAUCUCACGCUGUACCGUGUGUGAGGCGCCCACGAACGUUAUCGCCGUGCACAGCCAAACACUUCAUAUUCCCGAAUGUCCAAAUGGAUGGGAUGGUCUGUGGAUUGGUUACAGUUUCCUUAUGCACACCGCCGUUGGUCAUGGUGGUGGAGGUCAGUCACUGUCCGGGCCGGGUUCGUGCCUGGAAGACUUCCGUGCCACACCGUUCAUCGAGUGUAACGGAGGCAAGGGUCACUGCCAUUACUACGAAACCCAAACCUCCUUCUGGCUGGUAUCGCUCGAGGACCACCAACAGUUCCAGCGACCGGAGCAGCAAACGCUCAAGGCGGGCAACCUGCUCAGUCGAGUAUCUCGGUGCCAAGUGUGCAUCCGCCAUUGAGCAUCAUUUUAGGUUUUAUUCGGUCGCCUUUUUUUACCUCCCCUUCUCCUACCU